AAGUACCUUCCCUUGUGUUCGAUAUCGAGCUCGAGGACAACGGUAUCGGCGGGCAUUGGCAAGAGGACGAAUGGGAGGAGGACGAAGUGGUCACGGAAAUCCAAAGAUUUGUCCAGCCAACAACCGCUUACGAAACUCGGCUGAUCAACGAUGUGCGAGUCGCCUGCCCGCUCGCAAAGGACGGGCAGGACAGUGUGCGGCUGGUAUCGAUCCUGUCCUCCAUGGGGCACCGUUGCUGCCUUCGGACGGCGCUGGGCGGCGGGGACGGGGCGGACUGCCUCCGAAACCUGCGCCACACCUUCAUUACCUGCGAAGCUCCUGCCGCCGCCGCCGCCGCCCCCUCUGCCCCCUGCCGGCGCUACAUCGUGGACGCGCAGUUCAAGGAGCAGUUCAUCAUCGCCAAGACCACCGCGCGCUACGCCUCCAUCCUAGCCGCCAUCCCGCAGGUCUUUGUGGGUCCCGAGGAGCACCUCGCGCUGCUCGUCAACUUCCUUUGCACCGAGAUGAGCGCUGCGUUCCGGCAGCUGGGCGCGGUGCUGCCGCCCUGGCGCCACGCGGCCAGCAUGCUGUCCA